GUAGACGCCAAAUCCGAGUGAUUCCAUCGGAGGAGUAAAGAUGGCGGACAACGGCGGCGCAGAUCCUGUUAAUAACAACAAUAUUACAACUGUCGCUUCGGAAGGAAACAUUAUAAAGGUCACAGUCAAAACUCCGAAAGAUAAGGAGGAAAUCGCCAUUUCAGAAGAUGCCUCUGUCACUCAGUUCAAGGAGGAGAUAUCGCGGAGGUUCAAAGCUAAGCAGGAUCAGUUGGUUCUGAUCUUUGCAGGAAAGAUACUGAAGGACGGCGACUCGCUCAACCAGCACGGCAUCCGAGACGGCCUGACAGUUCACCUGGUCAUAAAGACCGCGCACAAGGCAGCAGAUGGCGCUGGUUCCUCCACCUCUUCCUCCUCCACCUCGGGCCCCACCCAGGAGGGCAGCGGUAAUGGCAGUUCCUCAGGCUCCAGUUCUGCAACCAACCCCCCCACAGUAGGGUCCGCUGGCGGCCCGGCCUCUGCACCCCCACAGACCCCCAACAUCCUGUCUGGGUUUGGAGACCUGGCCAGCCUGGGGAACAUGGGCAUGGGCUCGGCUAACUUCAUGGAGCUGCAGCAGCAGAUGCAGAGGCAGCUGAUGUCCAACCCAGAAAUGCUGUCCCAGAUCAUGGAGAACCCGCUGGUGCAGAACAUGAUGUCCAACCCAGACCUGAUGAGGCAGAUGAUCGUGGCCAACCCCCAGAUGCAGCAGCUGAUGGAGCGCAACCCAGAGAUCUCCCACAUGCUGAACAACCCAGAGCUAAUGAGACAGACCAUGGAGCUGGCCAGAAACCCUGCCAUGAUGCAGGAAAUGAUGCGUAACCAGGACAGAGCGCUUAGUAACCUGGAGAGCAUCCCGGGAGGCUACAACGCCCUGCGCAGGAUGUACACCGACAUCCAGGAACCCAUGUUCAGUGCUGCACGAGAACAGUUUGGAAACAACCCUUUCUCAGCCCUUGGGGGCAAUUCUGACGGGGGGGUGCAGCCGUCGAGGACGGAGAACCGGGAGCCCCUGCCCAACCCCUGGGGUCCCGCCAGCGCCACCAACCCCGCCGAGGGUGGAGGCGGCACGAGCACCACGGGCUCCUCCACCGGCGGCACCACCCCCAGUGUGUCGAACCCCCUGGGCAUCAAUGCUGCCGGCCUGGGCAAUGGCAUGUUCAGUAGCCCGGGCAUGCAGAGUUUGAUGCAGCAGAUCUCCGAGAACCCCCAGCUGAUGCAGAACAUGCUGUCCGCUCCCUACAUGCGCAGUAUGAUGCAGUCCCUGGCCCAGAACCCAGACGUGGCCUCCCAGGUGUUGAUGAACAACCCCCUGUUUGCCGGAAACCCUCAGCUACAGGAACAGUUUAGGAGCCAGCUACCUGUAUUCCUGCAGCAGAUGCAGAACCCAGAGGCUCUGUCGGUGAUGACUAACCCCCGGGCCAUGCAGGCUCUGCUCCAGAUACAACAGGGACUGCAGACCCUGCAGACGGAGGCACCGGGACUCAUGCCCAGUUUGGCACCAGGCGGGCUACCCGGACUUCCCGGAGGUCUACCAGGCGGGCUAGCGGCCGGACUACCGGGCGCGAUACCCACGACUCCCCUGUCCACGGGAGGGGGUGUGGCUCCAGAGAAUCCCGCCUCUUCACAGAGCCCUGGGGUAAACCCUGCCCAGCAGCAGAUGAUGCAGCAGAUGCUCCAGAUGUUGGCUGGAGGGAACGUGUCGAGCCAGAGCCCAGAAGUACAGUUCCAACAGCAGCUGGAACAGCUGAGCGCCAUGGGCUUCAUCAACCGUGAGGCCAACCUGCAGGCCCUCAUCGCCACAGGGGGCGAUGUCAACGCUGCCAUCGAGAGACUGCUGGGCUCUCAGCCCUCAUAGACACUCAUCCGCUCCUUCAUCCGUACAUAAGCGCGCAGACACACACACAUACAUACACACACUCACCAGGCAGCAACGGGAAACCACACACAUUUACGCAUAUAUACGUUGUCUACAGAUAACCAUGAAUGAAAUGACAUGAACCAUCCCGAACCGACGU